CUGAGUGUGUCAGUGUGGGAGAAAAACAGUGUAUGCAUUUAUAUAUGAGAAAACGUCUAAACUAAAUUAUCUUUGCACUAAAUAAUAUUUAAGGCUGCUUUUGCUCAAACCACAGGACAACAGCCCGCUCCUGGAGACGCCGAGACUGUCAGCAUGGUCGCCACAAGCACAUUAAAGACCAAAAGCAGCGAAUGCAUUUCCGAACUGGUCGACCGAAGAUAUGACCAGGCUUGCAUUGAGAAAGAGCUGGAUUUCUGGGACCACUGCUUGGCUGAACCCCAGAGGAAUGCAGAUGUCACUGAAGACCAGAGCUGUCAGCAGCUGGCCAAGAUGUUUGAAAACUGCCUGUCCCGGGCCAAGAAGACGACGCUCCACUGCUCCGCUGUGCUGGUACCGGAGAAGCUCACGCGGAGGAUAGCCCGCGAGGUCCUGCGGCUGGCGUCCUGCGAGCCCUGCGGCCUGCGCGGCUGUGUUCUCUACGUGGACCUGGAGCUGGACAAGGGCUGCAAGAGGCUGGAGCGCAUCGUGUACGAUUCCACCGUGGUGCCCACGUUUGAGCUGACUCUUGUGUUCAAGCAGGACGGCACCGCCUGGCCCAGCCUACGGGACUUCCUGUUUAUGGGGACCUGCUUUGCCCCGACUUUCAGGCACGCACUUAAACUGAGUCCGGGUUUCCGGCUGGUCAAGAAAAAGCUGUACUCCUCCUCGGCUGGUACCGUGGUAGAGGAGUGCUGAACUAUGGGGGGGGGAGGAGAGAGGAGAGAGGAGAGAGAGUGGGGGAUCAGGUUUCCUGUGGGUAAACGCACCUCUGCCCAAAUGUAAAUGACACUCUGGUGGUGUCAUAUUUUCUACAGUGUUUUUUGUACAAUACAUAUUUGUCAGAUUAACUACAAGUAGACAGUCAGUCCAGUUGGGAACUUGGGAUGUAAAGUUAAAAAACCGUAUAUGCAUACUGCCUGCUAGUUCUGGGUCUGGCUUCAGUGUUUCUGAGUCCAUUUUUAUUUUAUUUUUUAUCGGCACAAUUGUAAUAUUCUGGCUGGUUUUUGGUUUCCUAACCAGAGCGUUUGUUGCUCGCACACAAUUUUAAAUUGUAAAUUUUGCAGAUGGAUGUGAAACCAUGUGCACGUCGACGUGUUUGAGAGGGACACGCUGUGGGUACACUUCAGUUAACGACACUCGCCACUUUGUUGAUGCGUUUCCAGAUGCAUUGAAUGUGUUCAGCAGCAGGAAACGCACUUGAGCUUGAAUACGAGAUGGAAAUCUAGUCUUUUGGGGGGGGGGGGGGCAUAUGUAGCUUGUUGUGUAAUGCUGUAUUUGCUGCUGUCAUGGUAUAUGCUCCUCACACUAUAGGGGAAUGCGGAUGCCUUAAAUGUCAUAGAAAUGUUCUUUCCUUUUCACUCGGAGCUGUGUGUACGACUGUAAACGUUUUAUUGUAUUUUUAUUUUCAUACCCCCUCUCCCCCAAGACUUACUUUCAAUGGAGAGCCUUUAUAGAAUAUUAAAAAGAUGGUUCACACAAAUGUAAAGACUUGUUUGAUUUUAUGGAACUUGUUGACUUGGACGUGCAAAGAAAUUAGCGGAGGUCCAGCUUAUAAUUUGAGUUUUGUUUUUAAAUACCAUUUAAACUUCCUGUUGAAGGAAACUGUCUCGUCUAUUAGACAAUAAAAAACCGUAACCAUAUUUUA